AUGUCCUUGCACCGUAUUGUUGUGGACGACACUUCUCCCAGCAUUCGGUAUAGCAGUGGGUGGACAAAUCGGCUUCUCUCCAUCUCCAUCUCAGGCGACGGCCCAGCCUUGUUUAAUACGGCCCACGCAGCGUCUGACGCGCAAAACUUUACUUUUGCAUUCAAUGGCUCAGAUUUCUCGGUGUGGGGUCUCCUGCUCAACUUCUUGACACCGAAAUGGACAUGCAUUGUGGAUGGGCUUCAGAUACCGACUCGUCCUUUUCCUACUUCUGGAACACAUCUUGUCGAAAUAUGUUCCCCAGUGCAGGGACAAUUUAGUUUGACGGACGGGCCGCACUCGUUGUUCGUUUCCGUGGAUCUGGGAGGGGCGGAUGGUGCGUUAGCUUGGUUUGACUAUAUCACCUACACGCCGUCCGCUAGAGUCCUCACGGGAGACUUCAUGUUUACUGCUACGGACCCUAGUAUGGUGUAUAGUGGGCAGGACUGGCAAUUAAGUAGCAUUGGUACAUUCACGGACCAGAAGGGUGCCAAGUUGUCAUUCGACUUCUUUGGGAGCUCGAUUGCAUGGAUUGGGACCUACAACAAUAGUCUUGCGCGGGGUGCAUCAACAGGUACCUAUAGGAUCGAUGGAGGGACACCUGUCAACUUUACUAUCAAUAACGUCGCCUCUAUCAGUACGCCUGUUCUCUUCAAUCAAAUCUUCUUCCAGGCUUCACAGGACACAGUGGGCGAGCACCAUCUUGAGGUCGAGUUCCAAGGCGCAGAUCCUAACUCGGGCACUGGGCUGAUAAUAGGUAGCUCUACUGGGACGCCCCUGAGUCUAUCCUAUAUCCUCGUGCGGAACGCGAAGAAUGUUGAUUCCCCUCUUAUUAGCCCAACAAGCAGCGCGUCUGGUCCAUCGGUAUCGAAUACGGCUUCCGCGACACCAGGAUCCUUACCUGGUGGUCACAAUAGCACGUCACCCAUCAUAGGUGCUGUAGUCGGGAGCAUAGUCGCGGUGGUUGCCUUCGCUCUCCUUCUCCUGGGCGCUUUUCUGUGGAAAAGACGUCGUCGGAACAUGAAAGAUAGUCCACCAAAGGUCGAAAAGGAUCAGGAACCAAGCCAGAUGGAUAUCACACCAUUUACUGAUCCACCGUCGGAAAGAUCGCUGUUUAGCGAGGUUCAAACUCCGUCCAAGAGGGAUAUGAUCGCGUCUCAGCAAGCAUCAUCAUCAAACCUCCAAUCGAUCGUAUCUCGACCCAGCAAAGCACAGAUGCUUCGAUCUACUAGCUCACACGUAGAAGCCAGCUCUCCAAAUACAAUAAGAACCCCAUCGAUGUCGGCAUCCACCCACAGUUCUCAACGGGAUAGCAGGGUGUCUCCAACUUCCCCGCAGGUUGCCACCUCAAAUACAGUUGUUAUUGAGGUGCCUCCUAAUUAUACUGCAACUUGA